AUGGUGGAGAUAAAAACCAUUCUCCUGUUGCUCUGUAUCUACAACACCUCCUCCUCCUACCCUUUUAAAGAUACACCUGCGGACCGUGUAGAGGAACCGCCACUGGUGGCAGACCCACAGUCCCAGCUCCAGCCGUACUACCCACAGCCCUACCCCUACUACCCACUCACAACACAGCUACUGCCCAACCUGGAAACACUCACACCUGGGGAACAGGCACAGGUGGUCUACACCAGGGUGAUGCUGCCUCCAGUGGUCCCAGCGUACCAGAGCCAGGGGCUGAGUGUGGACCCUAACCCUGACCCUUCACCCUUAACCCCUGACCCCUUACCUCUGACAACAGACCCCGGCCACGCCCACCUGGGGAACCCCCCGACUGUAGCCCCGAUGGCCUCGGGGGGGCAGGGGACCCCCAAACCUGAGGUGGAGGGUGCGGUAGGGGUACAGAUGAAGAGGGCCGUGGAGAAGGGGACAGAGGGGGGUGUAGGGGUGAGGGAAGGGGGAGGGGUACAGAUAAAGAGUGGAGGUGCAGAUAACCCCUGUCCUUUGGAGAAGAGCCCCCCAGACCCCCCGACCUGCUCCAAGGACCCCCCAACCUGCUCCAAGGACCCCCCGACAUGCUCCAAGGACCCCCCGACAUGCUCCAAGGAUCCCCCGUCCUGCUCCAAGGACCCCCCGACCUACCCCCCGUCCUGCUCCAAGGACCCCCCGACCUGCUCCAAGGACCCCACCGACCUGCUCCAAGGACCCCCCGUCCUGCUCCAGACCCCCCGACCUGCUCCAGGGACCCCCCCGUCCUGCUCCAAGGACCCCACCGACCUGCUCCAAGGACCCCCCGUCCUGCUCCAGACCCCCCGACCUGCUCCAGGGACCCCCCCGUCCUGCUCCAAGGACCCCCCGACCUGCUCCAAGGACCCCUCCGUCCUGCUCCAAGGACCCCUCCGUCCUGCUCCAGACCCCUAUUCCUGCUUCAAGGACCCCCCGACCUGCUCCAGGGACCCCCCGACCAGCUCCAAGGACCCCACCGUCCUGCUCCAAGGACCCCACCGACCUGCUCCAAGGACCCCCCGUCCUGCUCCAGACCCCCUGACCUGCUCCAGGGACCCCCCGACCAGCUCCAAGGACCCCACCGUCCUGCUCCAAGGACCCCACCGACCUGCUCCAAGGACCCCCCGUCCUGCUCCAGAACCCCCGACCUGCUCCAGGGACCCCCCCGUCCUGCUCCAAGGACCCCCGUCCUGCUCCAAGGACCCCACCGACCUGCUCCAAGGACCCCACGUCCUGCUCCAAGGACCCCCCGUCCUGCUCCAAGGACCCCACGUCCUGCUCCAAGGACCCCCCGUCCUGCUCCAAGGACCCCUAGACCUGCUCCAAGGACCCCCCCGUCCUGCUCCAGACCCCCCGACCUGCUCCAGGGACCCCCCCGUCCUGCUCCAAGGACCCCACCGACCUGCUCCAAGGACCCCCCGUCCUGCUCCAGACCCCCCGACCUGCUCCAGGGACCCCCCCGUCCUGCUCCAAGGACCCCCCGACCUGCUCCAAGGACCCCUCCGUCCUGCUCCAGACCCCUAUUCCUGCUUCAAGGACCCCCCGACCUGCUCCAGGGAGCCCCCGUCCUGCUCCAGGGACCCCCUGACCUGCUCCAGGGACCCCCCGUCCUGCUCCAAGGACCCCCCGUCCUGCUCCAAGGACCCCCCGACCUGCUCCAGACCCCCCGACCUGCUCCAGGGACCCCCCCGUCCUGCUCCAGAACCCUAUUCCUGCUCCAAGGACCCCACCGACCUGCUCCAAGGACCCCCCGUCCUGCUCCAGACCCCUAUUCCUGCUUCAAGGACCCCCCGACCUGCUCCAGGGACCCCCCCGUCCUGCUCCAGACCCCUAUUCCUGCUCCAAGGACCCCCCGUCCUGCUCCAGGGACCCCCCGUCCUGCUCCAGGGACCCCCCGUCCUGCUCCAGGGACCCCCCGGUCAGAGCGUUCCAGUGAUCCGCGAGACACCCAGAAUUUUACCUGGAAAUAUUUCAACCGCUUCCAAAAAACUUUCCAGGCGGGAUUCAACGUUCGCGAGAUUUGUGGUGUCGCGGGGUCCGGUCCGAGCCAAGGGGUUUCCAUGA